UUGAAAACAAGACUCAGAACUGAGCCGUUAUGGCGAGGCCGCGGUCGGUCCGACCGUUCAGUCGGCCUCAGUCGGCUCCCGUCGUCUCCCUCCGAAGACACAUCAUCCGCUCGGUGCCGCCGAAGAGCCGAGACGACAGUUUCCGACCGGGCUCGCCGUCGUCUGAAGAGAACGGUCCUGACGAAGAAAAGAAUCGGUCUAAGACUUUCUCAUCAUGGUACGGGAAUGGCCAAUCAUCGGAGGAGAUACAGAGCAAUAGCGGGAAGCUUGCCGUAAUCUGUGAAAACUCGACCCGGGGCUCGGUGUUAGAAAGGGAUGAUGAGAACAGAGUUACUUGUAGUAAGGCAAAGUCGGUCACGUAUCUCUACCCGUCGGAAAAGUUCGUGUUUCCGAGAUUACCGCGCGUUGGAUUCAGAUCAAAUUCUUCCCGUCGGUCGUCGAUUUCGUCUUUUUCGUCACUACCGUCGAACCAGGGCGCAAGCGCAGACCCUUUCGGCGUUACUGCGCAGCUGCUGGAGUCCAGCCGCCGCCGCCGGAAGUCGUCCCACCACCGGAAACGGAGUAGCAGGCUGGGAGAUCAGUGGUCGUUCGAGACGAAGGAAGAACGGAGACAACGGCUUCGACGACAGCUAUGGCGCGCAAUGAUAUGUGUUCGAGUGAUCUGCCGGAUGCAGAUAGUGAUGAGGGCGUCAUGGGCUGGAAAGGACGGGGCCACUAACAUCCUGUCGGAACUACAUUACUACGCCAUAGACGGAGACAAUGGCUCACUGGCUUUCGACAAGAACAAAUUUUCGAGGAAAGCUUCGUUACACGUUCCGGAGUGGGCGCGGAGGAUUACAGAGAAGAGACAAGAACUCAGGACGACUGCGGAGGUGCACAGGCUGUACUCCAUCCUGAAAUUAAUCCGCGCUUUUGAAAAGUACACCUAUGACGUCAAGAUGCAGCUAUGUCGCCAUAUCUUCUAUAUGAAUUGUGAGAAGGGCCGACUGGUUCUACGACAGGGCCACAUCGGGGAGGGGUUCUACUUCAUCUUCUCCGGGUCCGUCCUGGUGAACAAGAUCGAGCACGACCACCGGACAGGCGAGCAGGUCACCCGGACUGAGACCGUACUGUACCCGGGGGACAGCUUCGGGGAGAUCGCGUUGCUAAGUGACGGGCGGCGGCGUGCGUCUAUCGUGGCCCGGGAGGGGACGGAGCUGUUCCAGGUGGAUAAGGACACGUUCGUGGACACGUGCUCAGGCUUCGUCAUGCACGAGAUGGGCGAGAAACUACACGUCAUCAGGGACUUCCCGUUGUUUAAGGAGUGGUCGGAUGAACUGUUAGAGCGGCUGUGUUUUGAGUCUCAGCUGAUGGACCUCCCUCACGGCAGGGUGAUCGACAGGGACACUAACAGGAGUGACUCUCUCUACUUCGUCAUCAAGGGAGAGGUACAGAUGUUACGGGAGUUCCGAGUCCGGCCGCGGGAGGCUCCCAGCGCGCUGGACACCGUGGACGCCUGGAGCUCUCCCGGCCUGCCAGCCCGCCCCAGGACCGCCGAGAUCCGGGCCCGACCCGGUACGGCCCAGGCGUUCGUCAAGCGGAAACCUGGCGAGCACGGGGACGUGUUGGACGGGGAUACCGUCUGUUAUGCACAAGUGGGAGUGCUGGAAGCUGGAGACCACACGGAAUGGACGGUUCGGACACGGCGGAGGAAAGAGAAGACGCCCCCAGGAGCCAUCCUGGUCAGCCUGGGAGCCAGGAUUCUCCGCAUGUCUAAAACUCAGGUGUACUACAUGGCGCCUAAGGGUGUCUUAGAGACCUUCGAGAGGACCUACAAGCCCAAAGAGCCCGCCACUGAGGAGGAGCUGAACAGACAGUUUGACGCCGACCUGAGAUGGGCAGACUUCAAGGCAAGGGUUGUUCAGGAUGUGUUGGACGAGUCUCGCGGCCAGCCUGUCGCCAUGAAGCCGACCAUAGAAAAGGCGACUCAGGACUUCGACUACUGGCCACAGGGCACCCUGCACCUGCCGCGCAGACCGGCCACGUGCAGGGGGAGAUCGCCUAUUUCUAUGGUAUCUGACAUCAACUCUCCCUCAAGACUGGUGUCAAGGAAAAGUUCGCUGUCAUCAAAAAUGGUGUCACCCAACAAACAACUGUCCACAAGCACAAACGAAAAGACCAGGAAAUACAGACCAACCACUGCACCUCCUAGAUAACAGAACUAGAAAUGGAUUUUAUGUAGAUACUAGGGGUCAUGAAUUGAUGUUGCGCAACAGUGAUGUACAAGUGGACUUCUAUCACGUGGUGAACACGGGCGGGGCACGACCUGUCUUAGCCAAUCACAGUGUAAGCUUAAUCCGCCCUAACCAAUCGCAGUGCAGAUCUACACGUGCUCCUAAAUUUGCCGCGUCUUUCAGAAUUUCUCGGCCCACUCGGACGAACCACGGUAACGACCGGUCAGAAAAUACUCAUAUCUCCAAGGAGAUGAAUAAAGAAAGCUUAUUACCUUCUGUACUUAUACCUUAAAGUUUUAUGUUGGCAAAAUAUGAUGAAAAGAUCACUUAUUGAUGCCUUUGUUUGCCAAGUAACUUUACCUCAGUUGUUGCCAGUGUAUAAUAAAAUGAGAACAGUUACAUCUAAAUGAUAUUGUUAUUAUUAAACAUAAAAGCCACAUUUUUCUCCCAUUGAAUUGAAUAAUACAACUGUAGUCCCUGAAGUUCAAGUUGUAAAGCUUUGAAGAUGUGAAUAAAGGUACUUUCUUGCCAUGUUAUUUUCAGUACAACCACUGAUCACAGAAUAACAUACAUCCUGCAUUGCAAUGUUACACUAGGUUAUAGAUGGUGCAUAUUAAGUGCAGUGCACUGAAUAUGAUGGCCCAUACCGCAAUGGAAAUGUAUUUCUGUAAAUUAAAAGAUUUGGGGAGCUUAUAAUGUCCAGUUGUUUCUAUGAUGAAAUAUCGACAUGGCCUACCCUAUGGUGUUUUUAAUAUUGUCAAAUUACAGCUAGUAUAUAUGACAACAUAUCUGUGUAAAUAUGAAAUGAAAAAUGUAUUUAAUGUCAAGAAAUCUAUGCAUUAUAGAUCUACAACUCUGAAUAUAAAAUGUAUCACACUACACCUAUACUGUACAAUGUUCUUCUAAGAAGUGACUUUACCUGAUAUUAUGCACUGCACUUCAUUUCAUGUUACUGUUAGUAACAGCAAUGCUAUAGUAACUUCAUCUAUUAUAUAAUAGUAUUCUAUACUCUAGAAAAUUGUCUGUUACAUGAACAAACUGGGAACAGAUUUUCAUUGCAGCUGUAAAGUAAUUUUUGCAAACAAAUAAAAGAUUCAUUAUCACAAUGAAUACUGCACAUAUCCUGCAACUUCCAACUACACUGUCAAGAUAGUUCUUUUCUUCUAGCUCAAACUGUAAACACAAAACCUAACCAUCAACGUGCUACUACAUUUUGGGUCUUGUUGCUCCUGCCAUCAUCAACCUUGAGUUAACAAGAGAGAGAGAGAGACAGAGAGAGAGAGAGAGAGAGAAAGAGAGACACAGAGAGAGAGAGAGAGGUCAAAUGAAGACAGUUUUACAGCCAAAUACAACUGUUACGCUUUCUGCAGACUGUCAAUUUUCUGUGACAGUCAUGGUGUUGACUAAGAUGACCAGAGAAGAAACUGGAGCUAGAAUAGAAUGGAUGUCAGGCUACCAUAUAGCUGACUUCUUAGAGCGUUGGCAUGUAUUUUGGGGAGCAUUGAUAUGCAAUAUUUUACACUGGGUGUAUGCCUGACUGAGGUAUGCCCACGAGGGAGUUUUCCCUCUCCAAUAGGAGAAUUCCUCUGCCGCCUAAAAGAAAAAGCCAUGUAAAAAGUAAUCACAUAUCCGCACUCCAGCCCCCUCACCAAAAAAUGCUACUGCCCCAAGCACUAUGAAUGAAUGAAUGAAUGAAUGAAUGAAUGAAAAUGAAUGAAAAUGAAUGAAAAUGAAUGAAUGAAUGAAUGAAU